GGUGGAAAGGAGCAGAGUUGUGUGAUGUCCUUGGGUUUCGCCACCCCACCAGCUUGAGGAGGCUGAUGAGGCGGUGCUGGAGGCCACGGCACUGCUAGGGGCGAUGCCUCCCAAAACAAGCCUGGCCCUGCCUCCCGCUCCGCCUCUUGGCACUCAAAUAACCACGUGAUGUCGCUCAGUUUUGCGAGUGCCAUCGAAGGGUGAACGGCGCUGUGCUUCGCUGCACCUGUAACUUUCUGAGACCAGUGUCAGAAGAUUGAGAGUGUCGUGCACUGAACGUGUGGAGGUCAAGUGUUGAGACGGAAGACAUCUUAGUGUGUACCACUGGUGUGCGGCCUGAGCAGUGUGUGUGUGUCCGUGCAGGCAGUGGAGCGCUUGGAUUAGAAACCAGUUGGUGUUUCCACGUAACUACACAGUUAAAGAGAACAUGAACGUAUCCAAGCCAGUGUGCGUGAGGAGUGCUGAGUUAAGGAAAGUUGGACGCGGGUGACGGGCGGGGCAGAAAUGUGAUUCAUGAGACUGCAUAAAGAUUCUCUUCCCGCUCUUCCCGCCAGCCAACACACGUGGCUUGGAGAGUGCCGACGCUGCAUUCCCUUACUGUAUCUUCUGCGUGACUUAACCUCCCUUAUCCUUCUGCCUCGCCUCAUCUAUCACCUCCCUCAGCACGCCCACAUCACUUAAUUCUUUCCUCUCCAUCUCAUGCUGCUUCCCUCAAGUAUUCAGCCUCCCUCUGCAGCUCGUUUACCAUACCUCCCCGCAGCCCGUCUGGCGUCCCCUCUGACAUCCUACUCGGGUUGGUGGUGAAGUAAUUCAACCCUGCCCAUUAUUCUGCCGGACACGUGGACAGAGCCGUACCUCCUCCUCCUCCUCCUUUUCCUCCUCUUCUAAGUGCGAGGAAUUUUAGUAUCUAUGUGAAAGCGUGAAAAAAAUCGUUCUUCUUUGCGCGUCAUUUGCUUACUCAACUUCCUUUCUUUCCAUCCUUCCUCUCCCUCUCUCCCCCAUUCCCCCCCUCUCAUCUUUUCCCUUUCCUUCAACCCCGUGGCCUCUCCACCCACGUGUUGCCUCCCUCCCUCCCUCCCUCCCUCCCUCCCGCGCAGCCCCAGGACGUGUGAUGUCAUUGGGGAGGGUGAAGGCCUUAGGGGACGCCACCUGGGGGUCUGCUGUGUUGUUGUCAUAGUCUCGUGCUCAUUUCCACAUCUUGCUUGCCUUGUAACUUGACGCUGUAACUCGUUUGGUCCUUUCCAUUGCUUGUUUACAAUUCUAACGUUCAUUUCUUCUGUUCUUUCACAUCUACUUUAUAUACCCUCUUUCUUAUCUUUUCUGAAUCCUCCUCCUCCUCCUCCUCCACACUACAUCUGCACACCAGCUGAUCUUUAGACAGGAAAUACCGGUGAUUAAUUAUCGUGUUGACUCUCCAUUUGUCUCAGUCGUUCCUUUCCUCCGCUUUUUACCUCUUUUCUCUCCUCUCGUGCGACCUGCGUAUUGCAACAAACAUCAACACUCAUCCACUUGCCGCGGCACGGACACCUCUGAACAGGACGCGCGCUCUCAUACACACUUGAGACUAUAACAGGAAGAGAUUUCACGCCUCGUUUUCUCCCUCUAGGUGUUGCAGGGCAGGUCUUGAAUAUUCUUUUUGCCUGUGAAGGAAGCAAAUGAGGUGAGGUGACUAGAAAACUUAUUAAACGUUGUGACGCACAUGAAAGACGGUUCUGCUCCUCGUCUUGGCGGCUCCUUAAGCUGAGCAUCGUGCGUCACCGUGAUGGGACCGAGGCGGGAAAAGAUGCGUGAGUUCCGGCGGCAGGGGGAUCCAACCUUCCCGCCCGCCGUUAAGCCCGCCGUCAAGUCUCGACCCUCGAAGCCGCCCCCUCCCCGCCCCUCCGAACCUCCUCCCGCCAUCCCCACCGAAUCUUCCGCCUCCCCUCAAAAGGAGUUUCCUGCCAUCUCUGAUCUCACUCCCACUCGCCCUCCUGAAGGAGUUCUCAAAGGGCACAAAGGCCGCAGGAAGGGGAAAAACAAGAAAGACCUUCGUGUGUCCUUUGACAUGGAGAACACUCAGGAGAGGAUAGUGCCGGUGACGGAGGAGGAGGAGGCGGUGGUGGAGUGUUGGGAGGACCUUAGUGACGGGGACGCCUGGGCUUCUGGCGCGCUCCAGGGCUUUGAUAACUCUAGUGACGGACGCGAUGACUCCCAGGGUACGGGCGGCGGGGAACAACGACUGAGCGAAAUGGCUGAGUCCCUGGAGGGGUUCACCUACUUCGGCGUCAGCUACUCAGAUGACAAACAAGAGGACGAGGGCCUUGACCCGCAGGAGUGUUACCCCAGCGCCGAUUUGAUUGACAGUGGAGAAGUGACUUACACUCACCAGAGGGGAUUGGUGACUGACUUGGAUAUCAUGGAGGCGCCGGUCGAUACCAGUCUAGACACAGGACUGACUGAUGUAAAUUACCCGGAAAGAGUAACUGACGUGAGUCCUCUUGAAGGGGUCACUGACAUGAGUCACUCAGACGAAGUGUAUGAGGUGAGUCACAAAGAGGGACUGACUGAUGUGAGCCAGCCAGAUGAAUUGAAUGAUGUGAGUGUACUGUCAUUAGAAGUAAGCCACGAUCAGCUCAGCCACAUUGAAGAAGUGACUGACAUGAGCAAUCCGGAGCAACUGACUAACGCCACUAACUUUGUUGAACUAAAGGAUGAAAUUGGCAAUGAAGAAUUACCGACUGAUGUUAAGUUAUCUGAUGAAGUGAGCAGCAUGAGUCAGUUAGAAGGACUGACUGACAUAAACCAUCUUGAAGGUUUGACUGACGUAACGUUUCCAGAGGAAUUGAGUGACACGAGUCAGCUUGAAGAAAUGACUUGCUCAACAGAAUCAUCAAAUCUGUGUCAUCCUGAAGGAGUCACAGAUGUGAGUCCUCCAGAGGGGCUGAUUGAUGAGAGUUACUCAGAGAAUGCGUCUGAACCGAGUCAUCUUGAGGAACCAAGUGACUUGAAUAAUUCAAAAGAAAGUGACGUGCGUCAACUCAGAGCACAGACUGAGGUUACUUACCCAGGUGUAGUGGAUGACAAUAAUCUUCAUUCACUUGAUGUAAGUCAUGAUGAACUGAACAGCUGCGAAGGACCGGCAAGCGUAAGUCAACCCGAGAAGCUGACAGCCUUGACUUCAGAGGAAUUGUAUAGUGGCAGCAGUAAUGAGAGACUGAUUGGCAUAAAUCCUGAUGACAUGACGGCAGUGAGUCGUGACAGAGUGAAUGACCAGGCGGCGCUCACUGGGCAUCAGGGAGACGCUCUCUUCGUCGUGAAUGACACAGAUAUCUUGGCUGGUGAGUCCCUCAUUGAGACACCUGGUACUGGUGAUGAAGGGUCCUGCUCCUUCCCCACCAUCGUGAGUGAGGCUGACCGCCAUACUGGGCCUGCCAUGAGCCUCGCCUGCCGGGAUGAAACACCGCUCGUCGCUCCUCCUCCCUCCUUUGAAACUGAGGUAGACAAGCCAGAUGGAGAUCUUGAAGACGAUGACGACGAGUGGGAGACUGAGCCAAGCGGGGAGAGUAACGAGACCAGCGAGAAUACAUGGGAGGCUGUUGAGACCGAAGACAACACCUGUGCAGGCCAGCUCCUUGCAGACGACGGCGGCGAGGACAGCGACAGCUUCAUUCCCAACGACGAUAUUGAAGCAGUGUUGCUGGCGCUGAUUGAAGACCAGGAGAAGGCCCUGCCACCACCUGCCCCUUACGUCUCCCAAACUGCAGCACAAAAGGAGGAACGCACGCAGGCCGCCACGGAGCCUCUCAAGGAGGAGAAAGGCUCAGAGAGGGAGGCGUCUCCUGAAGUCACUAUCGGUUAUGAAUGUCGGGACAGAAAGUCGACUUUUUAUGCAUCAGAAACUGAAUCUGAAGGAGAGCUCGUGCCCUGCGAGGACAAGUGUGUGGGCACCACUGACCACAGCGACGAGGACUUGAAUUUGUCGGCCCGAGAGAAUGUGCCGCGUGAGGCCGGGGUCAGCCAGAACACGAUGAACAAGUGCCAAGAAAAGGACCUAAGUUUGGAUACGAGCAAACAAUAUACCUUGGCGGCGCCUGAGGUGCAGGUGGGCGGCUCAUCUCCGUCACCCGAGAUUCCAGAGGUUCCUGAGGAAGGAAAAUGUAUGGGCAACUCAGAAAGUGCCAAAGAGAAAGACAAGAUCAACGGUAAAAAGACUGUCAAAAAGAAAGGCAAGAAAAACAAGCGAGAUGUGAAGGUAGAGCCUGUUGUUAUUCCCCCUGAUGUAACAGAGCGACCCAAACUUGUGCGUGGCAGAGCUUGGAAGGAGAAAAAGGAGAGGAUAAAUGCUCACCGGAUGGCACUGCUAAAUCUCUCCUUCGGUAAAGAAAUUUGUGAGCCUGAGGUUGUGGAAGGUACGUCCAACCUUCUUACAGAGACUUACACUGAGACGACCCUUCUGACCCCCACGAGGUGUCCCUUGGGUACCACUGUGUUCACCGAGAUGCCGUGCACUGCUUGCUCCUCAGUAUCAGGGGAGUUUAGUGAGCCAGACAGCUUGCAUGAUAACUGCAAGUGUAGAGAACAGCAACUACAAGACGCUGGAUUGGUAGCGCUGGUGGCGGAGGUGAAGACAUGCAAGGAAGCCCCAAAACCCCCUUCUCCAGUGCUUGUUUCGAGCCUCUCUCCGUCCACCGUGACAGUGCAGGUGACUGGCGCGAGCGACGAGGAAGACUGCCGGGCUUACGAAGUUCCCUCACCAACAGAAGACACAAAUGAGUUCUUCAUCGUCAAGACUCAGACUGUCGCGUCUCCCUCUCAGGUUCUGAAGGAAUAUGUGGAAGACACAGAGUCAGAAGAUGAAGCGAAGCUCCAAGAAGAGGAAGACAGCAAAGCAAACGUCUCUCAAGAACUUCCCGCUGUCACCUGCGAAUCGCCGCCGACAAGCGAAAUCUCUUCUAGUAAAACUGGAGAAAACGAGGAUUCCAUUUAUAUUGAUGCCGAUGGUAGUCGUUGCUCAGAUACCAUAAGUGACUCAUUUGAUUAUGAAAAGUCGUUUCCUAACGUGUUGGGCACUCAGCAGCUCAACCUGAUAUAUUCGUAUGACUCAGGUCCUGAUUCAGACGUGGAGUCAGGUCAGGGAAGCAUUGAGAGUGGAGGCCAAACUCUUGACCCUGAGGGGAGUGACAUGAAUACUAAUCUUGAAAAGGAUGGCGACGGCGAUAGAAUGUACUCGUCUGGCUGGGGAGAAAUUAUUUACGAAGGUCCUUGUUUGUGUGGGGAGACCGAGGCCAUGAGUGAACGACGGUCUCCCUCGGCAGGGCAGGGGGGUGGCGGUGGGGCGGGGGUGUCUAGUGCCGAAGAGCAGUUCUGUGUUCCGGCGGUGCGGGUUAGUGACGCCACCGAUGUCGUGGCAGGUGAUGGUAACGAGGCAAAGGAAGAAGACACAGGUAGUGAAUUCCCGCCGGAUAUCAUGGGAAGCAACCAGGAAGACCAGGGCUCCGAGAGUGUGGGCAGUGCCAAGGACAUAAGGCUGAGAAUAAAUGAAAUCGUGGGUGCGCGCUUGCUGCGUGACCGAGGGCGCGGCGCGAGCCCCGGUGUGAAGGAAGAGGGCGGGGCACGCGAGGAACAUCUUGGCGGUCGUGAAGAAUCGCCUCUGCCAGGCUCCUCCCCGGCCUCCAGCUCAGGCGUGCAGGGCUCCGACGAGAUGUCUUUGUCGAGGUCACGUUCGCGGUCCCCUUCGCGGGAGGAGUCUGUCUCCCCGGGGUGCAGUCCUCGCAGCGUGCCGGAGAGCCCCGCGGAGCCCCGCCCCAGCCACUCGCCCCAGCAAGACAGGUAUGAGCGCGAGGCACUGGAGAGUCUGCGGGCGCUCAGGUUUGAAGGCAACAUCGAGACCAGUCCAGAGAAAAGCGUCCCUGUGGACUGCAGCUUCAGGACGUUCAGGGACAUGUAUCAGAUUAACCCCAUUUACCUCACUGACUCGGACGACCAUGACGACCUGAACGAGUCGGACACGGUCGUGCCAGUCUCCACCAGUCUCGACUACGACCCAGAGAGGUCCAUCACCGUUACCAACUGUUCCCCCGACCCUCCGGAGCUCAGACCAUCCCCGCCUCUACACGGAACCCACGCCACUAAAAAGGUCCCCAAAGUUACUAAGCUCCUGCGGGAGACCCAAGGUAUCGUGCAGCGGUGGGAGGUGCUGCAGGCCCAGGCGGUGGAGCGGCAGCGGCAGAGCAGCCAGGUGAGGGAGCUGCAGCGGCAGGUGAAGACUCUGCGCCUGUCGCUGGAGGCCCUCGGGAAGCACGCCAGCGAGCUCACCAAGGCAGAUGACAUCGACAGCCGCGUCAAGCUCAUCCAGAAGCUGCAGGAGGCCAAGGCCCUGCAGCUGGAGGUGUCGGCGAGGAAGACAGAGGUGUCGAGCAUCAACUUGGCGGUGCACAGGUUCCUCACAGAAACCGGCUAUUCCCUGGCCAGCCUCAAGGACGACGUGGCGGACCUCUACCGACUGUGGGACGAGGCUGAUAGGCGAGUGAGCAGUGAAGUGUCACGGCUGGAGAACGUGGACGCCGCAUGGAAGCUGUGGGAGUCGCAGGCAGAGGAGCUGACCAAGAUGCUUCGUCAGGACAGUGACACGCUGAGGGUCCUGGACGUGGCCAUUCAGACAGGCUCGAUGACCGACACCACCACAGCAUCCAUGCAGGGCGUGGCGCGGCUCCUCAAUGAGAAACGCAAGACACAACCUGGCAAGAAGUUCCUGCUGCAGCACACCAAGACGCAGAGUGUUGACAUCCAGGGGUCCUCGCUGUCCCUGACGGCAUCGGGCGACGAGUGUUUGAGCGACUCCGGGACGUCUGGCUACGAGUCUUGUUCCUCGGAGGAGCUGAGCGAGCGGGAGCGACGGCUGGCUAAUCUGCGUCGGCUGGCGCGAGACCUGGAGGCCUCUCUCCACCCCAACUCACAGGCGUGGGCCGCCAUCUGUAAGACGUUGUCCAGUGCCGAGGCGGAGCUGAAGGGCUUGCAGCAGCACUGCCGGGAGCUGGUGGUGAGGUCCUCGGAGACGCUGGACCAGGCCAAGACGUCACCGCAGCUCAGAAGGAGAAUGUGGUCCAAAGACUGCAAGGUCGGUAAGGCGUGUCGUCGCUCCAACACCGUGAGUGGCAGUGGGCGUGGCGGAAGCCGCCGCGGAUGGGUGUGGCGCGUGGUUCGUGCAGCGCUGCCCUUCCAAGCAGCGCUGCUCCUCCUUUUUUGUGUGGCUUGCUUGCUGGAGCCCAACUGCUGUGACCACGUGAACACCCUUAACCUGUCCUUAAGUCCACAGCUCCGCUACGUGCACGGACCGCCGCCCGUGUGAAGGCCGCGUCGGUGCUGUGUUCACAACCGUUGUACCUGAGCUUCGUGCCAGGUGUAAAUACCCCGCCGAGUGUACAUACCAUGGUCUGGUGUACAUUUUGGGCAGCACGGAGAGCUGUAAGUCCCCUGGUCUCAUGUUCACUUUAGAUGUACAUACAAAUCGGAGGCGUGACCGCACACGCCUCCCUGUACACUGUGUGGCCAGGGGCGCGGCGAAGCGCGGGGCGGAGUGGCCCGGGCAGGCGCGGCGGCCGCAGCAUGGCCGGCCGGCCGAGACCCCGCCGUGCGGGUCCUGACAGCGCCCCGCAUGGCGUGAGGGGCGGCCGCGUUCCGCACGCUGCUCAGCACUCACAUCAUGUCAGGUCUCAUAUUUUUGUAUCAUCACAUGUACUGAUAUCGUGUGAAUGAACUGAAUGUUGAGUUUGGUGUAUGAUUUGUGUUAGCAAGCUUGAUUAUGUUUGGGUAUGUCUGUGGCCACGUACUUUUGGGGCUGAAAUAGUUUUAAGCAGUGUGAAAAUUGUAUUAUUUAUAUGAUACCCUGUAAAUGUGUAAUUACAAAGGAUGUUUGAUAUCGCUGAUUCUCCAAGUUCCAAGGGGGACUAAAGCAAGGCAAGUUCAGGGGUUGGCUGCCUCAAGUCGUAUCUCUCCCACCACCGGGAAGUGGCUUGCCGAUCCAGCAGCUUAGGCUUGAGUCCUCUAUGUUUUAUGUAAAUUUGUUCCAAAUAUUGACCAAACACAGUCCGGGCUGCAAUGGAGACACUGCCCCUGAGGCGUCACAACUCCCGCAGGCCCGGACUGACCAGGCAGUGCCGGGCGCCCAAUCUGCAGCACAUACAAGGUUGCAGGAAGCAGGGAAGCCAGUGCCUUAGUGCCAGGGCGCCGUGUGGCCAGUGGCUCAGCUCCACUUCAUGCCCUAAGCGUCGUGACUGGCGGCUCGCACUGCCUAACACUGAUUUGACAAUACUUUUUUUUUUUUUUUUUUUUUUUGCAAGUGAGUUACUGCCUGAGCCAGACGGCUUCACGCGGAGCAGCCACACGUGGCUCCUCACUGGCCAAGUUAACACCGCCGCAGGCUGGCCUCAGGACGAAGCUUCUCGCAGGAGCUGCAUCACAGCCGCUAAAGCUUUCAUUUACCAGGGGCCGCCAGCAGCGGGCCGAUGCGUGGUGGUGAGCGAAGCCAACAAUUUGGUGGUCAGGUUGUACCGCAGGUCACACUGCUCGCGCUAUAGCUUCGGAAAGUUAACUUUGGCAAAAGCAUCAAAGCUUUGUUCUCCAUCUGCCUGAGCAUCGUCACCUGACGUUGCCAAUGACAUUGGCCGUGCCCACGAGCCUCUGUAACGUCCCGCCACUGUUAGUGUCUUGGCCCACCUUCGGGAGGUUGCCAUCAAGGAAGCGGCACUGCCGGGAUGCGAGCGUGGUGGCUGUCAUGAGGACGCUGACCGUUGUGGCGAUCUUUAGCAAUGCUCGAGACGCCGCGCGAGAUCGUGUCAGCACGGUCGCUGGUGUGCCUCGGGCCACUACUCUAGCUAAUGUAAGGCAUGUAACACCCUAGAGUAGCUUGACCAUCAGCUCCGGCUCUGGUAACGAGGGUGGGGCGGGAUUCCUCGUGGCCCGGAGAGGCGUGUGCUCUAACCACUGAGACCAACACCAAGCAAUAAGUCACGCCAGUAGUUGACAUGAAGGAAUCUUGCCUCGCUGCAGUACUUCGUAGCCUUAAGGUCACUGCUUUGCCAGAGCAGCAGGAAAACGGCAGGAUCACUGGUAAUCCACCAUUUAUUGACACCUUCAUGUGCAUCUUAUGCACGAUCAGGCCUAAAAAGAAUCGAAAGUAGACGUUGCGCAAAGGAGCACUUGCCAUUCUUCCUGUUACUCUGCCAAAAAGUAGUUUUACAGGCAGCGUGCUGGGCGGCGCUGGGUCCCUCAUGCUGGGGGAUGGCGGCGCCACAGCACGGCCGCCUCGGGUGUGCGCGCAGAGGGUAUUCAAAAGAACUUAACAAUUCACACUGCAUUUCAAUCUAUUCAAACAUAUCCUUAUUUGAUCAGAAUGGGUGAUUGUUUUUAUUUUCUUAUGGUGCUAAUGAAGAUGAACUUUGUGUUCUUAUUUGAUCAGCAGAUUAUUAGUAUGUAGCGAGCAUGCCAAAGGCUUCUUAAGUAGUCUUGAAGUGAAUGAUUAUGUUGUAGGGUAUUGUGAUUUUUUAAUGUGCAAAAAUCAGAAUUUAUAAUUUAUUUUAUAUGAAAUUUUGUAAGAAUUACUCGGGGGAGUAACUACUGGGCGAUUGUUCUUAGUUCACUAAAGGUUGGACGUCGGGGCGGGGGUUGUACCUUUGUAGCUUAAGACACUGGAGAAAGAAACUGUUGCCAAUGAUACCAACAAAUUUAAUGCCACAGUCAUUGUUCCUAAAUGUAGAAUGUGCUCAUUUAUACGCCUCGGGAGCCCGGGAGUCUGUCCUGGCACGAGCGGGACAACAAUGCAGGCCAACACCGCGAGCAGGUCAAGUGUCCCAGCGCUGGACGCUACAAACAACUUGCGGGAAUGCAGCGCUUCUCGGCCCUACGGGUCCGGGGCGCCAAGGUUACCGGGUGUGCAAGCUGGAGUUUGCCGGCCCCUUCCAUGCAUUUUAUGAUUGCUGAUGCUGAUUUAGUUGUAGUUUUGUCUUAUUACCCUAAGACUGCUGUGCGAGCAUUUCUUAGAACACUUCUAUCACAGAUCCUUCAAACGCCUCCCUGUUUUAUUUUGUGUGUUUGUGUGUGUCGCAAAAGACUUUCACGCAGGCGAACUCCAAGCCCGGUGACAGGUCUGAGUCAGGCGACUCCCGCUCCCCGCUACUGUCGCUGCUACCUACCACUCUGCAGGCUUGUGUCGCCCCGCGAGGGUGUGACGGGCUGAUCUGUCGUCACGGUUGUAACAUUAGCCAGGGGGGGAUGUUCUGGGGAAUCUUGGCCCAUUACCGGUUGUCUCGUCUCCCCACACAGCUUCAGACGGCCUUCUUCUUAUUCUUGUCUUUCAAAACUUGCCUUCAUUCUCGUCGGCAUCCAAAUUCUCAAUAUUCCACACCGACAUGGGCGGUCCCUGUACUGCUGGUGUCGGGACCCAGAAGGCGGCCAUCCAGGAGCUCAAAAUACUCCCUCAGACUAAGUCAACUGCCCCUCUUGUCAGUCGUCUCAGAAUCAGUCACCGCUUAUAGUACCUUCAGUAAUCGCUUCUCCCCUCACUCCCCACCAAGCCGGUAAUGCCUCAGGUCACCCAUGAAAUCUCCUCUACGGUUUACAGUACAAAAAAAGCCACAAUAUGUUCUUUUAUAAGUGCCUUAGUGUUGCUGUCUUGUAGGUGUGUAGUAACGACAGGUGUGUGCCCACGCCAAAUAUCUGGCGACAAUAAUCUCCGACAAGGGUGUGGGUCGCGACUCGUGCCUCCCAGAGCCAUCGCUGCUCGGGGGGGCGAGGUCAGAUCGGCGUCCCUUGUUGGGCAGGAUAAUAAAUGAAAGCUUGAUUCAGCGCUGCUCCCUUACGGCUUCUUAGCUUAGAUAUUUUAUUUGAGUGUGUCAUUAAGCCUGAAUAUGUUUACCUGUGUUUUAUUUGUAUUUAUAUUUUCCAACACCUAACACCAGGUUCUUUCUCCCGUAUUUAACUUAAUAAAAUGCAGAUGAGC